GUGGUAAAAACAGAAGAAGAAGUCCUCUCCCGUGUCUUCAUCACCGUGCUCUCGCCGGGGUUCUUGGGGUGCUCGGCUGUUGUCAGACUGCUGUGCAGUGUGUUCAAAGAGUGAGAAAGCUUCACUACCUGUGUGGAAGAAGGAUUUCACAUCAUGGCUCUAAACUUCACCAUCAACUCGAGCAAUCCUCCUCUAGGAGCGCUUCUGGCAGCCGAGCACGUGAAAGGCAGUGUGCAGGUAUCAGUGGAAGAAGGCAAAGACACCCGGCUUCAAGUCUCAGAUGCGAUCCAGUUCAACGAUACCAACUCCAUCAGUCGGUACUUGGCUCGGGUGGCUCCUGCUCUGGGUCUCUAUGGAGCGAACAUGAUGGAGCAGACUGAGGUCGACCACUGGUUGGAGUUCAGUGCUCGCCGCCUGUGUGGUCAGCCUGGUUUGGCUGUAGCACUAGCUGAGCUGGAUAAGGCCCUUUCUCUGCGGACCUUCCUGGUUGGACACGCCGUCACCCUUGCUGACCUCUCUGUCUGGGCUGCCCUCAAAGGUCAUGGUGAAUGGCCAGCCCAGGGAAAAUCCUUCUCCCAUGUCACACGCUGGUUUUCUUUCCUGAGCUCUCAGGUCCCCUUCACUGCUGUGGGAAAAAAGUACGCCAAGAAGAACCCUCCAAUGAGCAAAUCUAAUUCGGAUGAGAAGAAGCAGGAUGUCGGCAAAUUUGUGGAAUUGCCAGGAGCUGAGAUGGGCAAGGUAGUGGUUCGAUUCCCUCCUGAGGCCAGUGGAUACCUGCACAUCGGCCACGCCAAGGCCGCUCUGCUCAACCAGCACUACCAGGUCUCAUUCAAAGGCAAGCUCAUCAUGCGCUUUGACGACACCAACCCAGAGAAGGAAAAGGAGGACUUUGAGAAGGUGAUCCUGGAAGAUGUCUCCAUGCUCCAAAUCCAUCCAGACCAGUUCACUUACACCAGCGACCAUUUCCCCAUCAUUAUGGGAUUUGCGGAGCAGCUGCUUUCUGAGGGCAAAUCCUACAUCGAUAACACUCCUCCUGAGCAGAUGAAGCUGGAGAGGGAGCAGCGUGCUGACUCCAAAUGCAGAAAUAACACUGUGGAGCAGAACAUGAAGAUGUGGUCAGAGAUGAAAGCUGGUACAGAGUUUGGUCAGACCUGCUGCAUGAGAGCCAAGAUCGACAUGAACUCAAACAACGGCUGCAUGAGAGACCCCACCCUGUACCGCUGCAAGAACACCCCCCACCCUCGCACCGGAACUACCUACAGAGUCUACCCAACAUAUGACUUCGCCUGUCCCAUCGUGGACAGUUUGGAGGGAGUUACUCAUGCUCUGAGGACCACUGAGUACCACGAUCGUGAUGAGCAGUUCUACUGGUUCAUUGAAGCCCUGCGCCUCAGGAAGCCUUACAUCUGGGAGUACGCCCGACUCAACCUCAACAACACUGUGCUGUCCAAGAGGAAGCUCACCUGGUUUGUCGACCAGGGCUACGUCGAUGGAUGGGAUGAUCCUCGCUUCCCUACCGUCAGAGGAGUCCUGAGGAGAGGAAUGACAGUCGAGGGGCUGAAACAGUUCAUUGCAGCCCAGGGUGGAUCAAGAUCAGUGGUGAACAUGGAGUGGGACAAGAUCUGGGCCUUCAAUAAGAAGGUUAUUGACCCCGUGGCUCCCAGGUACACGGCUCUGUCCAGUUCUUACGUGGUUCCUGUUUCUGUGGCAGCGGCUGCGGAGGAGAUGAAGGAAGUGGCCAAACACCCAAAGAACGCAGAGGUGGGCAUGAAGGAGGUCUGGUACGGACCUCGUGUUCUGGUUGAAGGAGCGGAUGCUGAGACGUUUUCAGAGGGAGAAAUGGUCACCUUCAUCAACUGGGGCAACCUCAUCAUCACCAAAAUCACCAAAGGGUCUGAUGGGAAGGUUGUGUCCAUGGAGGCUCGCCUGAACCUGGACAACAAAGACUUCAAGAAGACCACAAAGAUCACAUGGCUGGCUGAGACAAACAGCGCCCCCAUGCUACCCACCAUCUGCAUCAACUACCAGCCUCUCAUCUCCAAGCCCGUCAUCACCAAAGACGAUGACUUCAAAGACUACAUCAACAAAAACAGCAAGCUGGAGGAGAAGAUGCUGGGAGACCCCUGUCUGAAGAACUUGAAGAAAGGAGACAUCAUCCAGCUCCAGAGACGAGGCUUCUACAUCUGUGACCAGCCCUAUGAACCAGUCAGUCCUAACAGCUGUAAGGAGAGUCCGUGUGUCCUGCUCUACAUUCCUGAUGGACAUGUCAAAGAAAUGCCGACUGCUGGAUCCAAGGACAAGAGCAAGAGUCAGGCCUCCAAUAACACACCUGCCGCCACUUCAAAGGCUGCCCCAGCCUCCACCCCAGCGCCUGCCUCAGCCUCAGGAGGAGACUUAUUCUCAAGCAUUGUAGCACAAGGUGAAACUGUGCGUCAGCUGAAGACUGCCAAGGCCCCCAAGGAAGAAGUGGACAAAGCAGUUCAGCAGCUGCUUUCUCUAAAGGCACAGUUUAAGCAGCAGACAGGUGUAGACUACAAGCCAGGCAUGGCUCCUCCAACCUCAGCUCAAGCCCCACCCACCACACAAGUAGACCCUGCUGCUUGUCCGUUCACCCGUGUUUCCCAGCAGGGGGAGCUGGUCAGGAAACUGAAAACAGAGAAAGCACCUAAGGACCAGAUUGACGUAGCGGUGAAGCAGCUCUUGGCUCUCAAGGCGGAGUUCAAGAAGCUGACCGGUCAGGAUUACAAACCAGGGAUGGCCCCUUCCACUCCUGCCUCCUCUGCUCCUUCUCCUGCAACCAAAUCUUCCUCUUCUGCCGCUUCCUCUUCCCCCUCCUCCUCCCCUUCUUCUUCUUCAGGCUUGUAUGAGCGUGUUGCACAACAGGGAGAGGUUGUGAGGAAACUGAAGUCUGAGAAAGCCCCAAAGGACCAGGUUGAAGCAGCAGUGAAGCAGCUGCUGGUCCUGAAGGCAGAGUACAAACAGGUCACAGGACAGGACUACAAGCCUGGAGCGGCCCCUGUUCAGAACAGCCCCUCUCCUGCUCCUGCUCCAGCUCCUACACGUGCUCCUGCUGCCUCCGGCCUCCACGAGAAGGUGGCUGAGCAGGGAGAAUUGGUGAGGAAACUGAAGACUGAAAAAGCCCCCAAGGAUCAGGUGGAUGCUGCAGUGAAGCAGCUGUUGGCUCUAAAAGCCGAGUACAAACAGCAGACUGGACAGGAUUACAAACCAGGAUCACAAGCCCCAGCUGCCCCUGCCCAGACCCAGUCCAACCCUCCAACAUCCCAGUCCAACUCGUCUCCACAGGCCCAGCAACUGUUCUCCCAGGUGUCACAGCAGGGAGAGCUAGUGAGGAAGUUGAAGUCUGAGAAAGCUCCCAAGGACCAGGUUGAUGAAGCCAUAAAGGGCCUUCUGGGCCUGAAGAGCCAGUACAAGACGCUCACCGGUGAGGACUACAAACCAGUGGCUGCUGCCGGAGCCAGUGGAGGAGAAGACAAAAACCGCAAAGAAAGGGAGAACAAGUCUGAGAAACAGGGAGCAGGAGGAGGAGCAGGAGGAGGAGCAGGAGGAGGAAAGAAGGGUAAAGGAGACAAAAGCAACCAGGGCAAGGAGGCGUCAGGAGGAGCAGGAGGAGCAGGAGAGGGUCAAGGGCCAAAGAAACAAACACGGUUGGGCUUAGAGGCCAAGAAAGAGGAGAACCUGGCUGACUGGUACUCUCAGGUCAUCACGAAAGCAGAGAUGAUUGAGUAUUACGAUGUCAGCGGCUGCUAUGUCCUGCGUCCCUGGUCCUUCUCCAUCUGGGAGUCCAUCAAAGAGUUCUUUGACAGGGAGAUCAAGAAACUUGGAGUGGAGAACUGCUACUUCCCCAUGUUUGUGUCUCAGGCUGCCCUUGAGAAGGAAAAGUCCCACAUUGAAGACUUUGCUCCAGAGGUUGCCUGGGUGACCAGGUCAGGAAAGACAGAGCUGGCGGAACCCAUCGCUGUGCGACCCACCAGUGAGACAGUGAUGUACCCCGCCUACGCUAAAUGGGUCCAGUCCCACAGAGACCUGCCAAUCAAACUCAACCAGUGGUGUAAUGUUGUGAGAUGGGAGUUCAAACAUCCCCAGCCUUUCCUCAGGACCAGAGAGUUCUUGUGGCAGGAGGGACAUACAGCCUUUGCCACCAAAGAGGAGGCAGCAGAGGAGGUGCUUCAGAUCCUGGAUCUAUACGCCAAGGUGUAUGAAGAGCUGAUGGCGAUCCCUGUAGUGAAGGGGAGGAAGACUGAGAAGGAGAAGUUUGCAGGAGGAGAUUACACCACCACUGUGGAGGCGUUCAUCUCUGCCAGCGGCCGAGCCAUUCAGGGUGCUACAUCCCAUCAUCUGGGACAGAACUUCUCCAAGAUGUUCGAGAUCAUGUUUGAGGAUCCAAAGAGGCCGGGAGAGAAACAGCUGGCUUUCCAGAACUCAUGGGGAAUCACGACCAGGACCAUCGGUGUCCUCACCAUGGUGCAUGGAGACAACAUGGGACUCGUCUUACCUCCAAGGGUGGCCUGCCUGCAGGUUGUCAUCAUCCCAUGUGGCAUCACUGCCUCGCUGUCAGAGCAGGACAAAGACGCUCUGUUGGCCCAGUGCUCUAAAUAUCAGAGCAGGCUGCUGGACGCCGGGGUCAGGGUGAAGAUUGACCAAAGAGACAACUACUCACCUGGGUGGAAAUUCAACCACUGGGAACUCAAGGGAGUACCUAUCCGUCUGGAGGUCGGUCCUAAAGAUAUGCAGCAGCGCCAGUGUGUCUCUGUGAGGAGAGACACUGGAGCUAAGGUGACGAUUCCAGAAGCUGAGGUGGAGAAGAAACUGGUCACCAUGUUGGAGGAUAUCCAGACUAACCUGUUCAAGAAAGCCUCUGAUGACCUGAAUAACAACAUGGUGGCUGCAGACACAAUGGAACAGUUCCAGAAAGACUUGGACCAGGGCAAGAUCGUCCAGAUACCGUUUUGUGGAGGGAUCGAGUGCGAGGAUUGGAUCAAGAAAACCACUGCCAAGGACCAGGACCUAGAGCCUGGUGCUCCAUCCAUGGGGGCAAAGAGUCUCUGUAUCCCCUUCUCCCCACUGAAGACACUGCAGCCCGGUCAGAUGUGUGUCUGCAGCAAGGAAGCCGCCAAGUACUACACCCUGUUUGGACGCAGCUACUAAAGAGCUGCUCAGCUGGACCACGAGGAUGACCAUUGUAGUCAAAAAGGGCUCUCCCACCUUCUCUCAUUUACAUUUUUUUUCUCUAAUCCUAUGUGGGUAUGUAGGUUACUGGACUAUGGGAAUUAAAAUGGGGAUAUGCUGUUUCUGUUUUUGUAUUAACAUAUGAUAUCAUUGUCAUCAUAAUUCUUCUGAAAGAAAGCUGAGGUGAGAAAAUAUUUGUAGCACUGUUCCUUUAACACAUGGCUGUUUAUUCUGUCAAUGCCUCGUCAAAUGGAAUAACUAUCUGCCAGUGCUUUGUGUUGGGGAGGUUAUACCACCAGACACCAGGCAAAUAUUACAUAUAAUGAGUCAUCUUUUGCAGUUCUUUGUCACUUCAAAUGGAAACACUAGCUUAUCUGUUUUAGACGCCACCUCUGAAUUGAUUUUUUUAUAUCAACUUAAUAUGUUGAAUAAAAAAAACUGCCUUUGUUUCUGUUAAAGUUUCUCAUGUAUGUAUUUAUUGAAUUACGCCCAUAUAAAAUCGUGAAAAGUUCACUGAGAGCCGUAGCUUCUCCUGGCAGCUGGGGAAGUGUACUAUUUGUCAGCAAUCUCAUCUCAUGCAGCCAUACUGUCUCAGGACCUCUGCAGAUACUCAGGCUUGUAGUUGUCUCAUUGUUCUCACAGCUUCAUCAGCCCUCCUCUCUUUGUAAGAGUGAGUACAGUAUGUGGCUCGUUGUUCACAGCUAAUACGAAUACCUCAGAGCUAAAUGAUGACAGCUCUAAGAAGCUGUGUAUGUUAAAAUAUUAAAAUAAAGCCCUCUGUCACUUCCCUCUUUGUUUAAAGACUUUAAAAGUUGUCAAUAAUAAAGUAAUUUCCAUGGCAAAA